CAAGCCAUUGUGGGCAGGGUUUAAGAAGAGUUAAGAGCUCUUUCAAGCCGAAAUCCAGAGGCGACUGAACAUCUGGGACGGAGAAAGCACGCUGACUGGCAGAAUUACUGUAUCAGACAUGCACUGGAUUUUACCAUUUCUCUCUUUUUUGAUAUGCCAUUGCAAACUGGCAUCAUGUUCAAAUGAGUUUGCCCAGCUUGCCGAUGUAGAGAAGUAUGAAAUAAUUACUCCUCACAGAUUGACCAAAGGCCGACCCAAAAGAGACAUUUCUUCAAAAGAGGUUCCCUACCCUGAGAAAGUGCAGUAUGCCUUGACUAUAGAAGGGAAGAACUAUACCAUUAAUCUUGAAAAGAAUAGAAUUAUUUUGGGAAAAGAUUACACAGAGACAUACUAUCUACAAAAUGGUACUGAGGUGACUAGCUCUCCAAAUGUUGAGGAACACUGCUUCUAUCAAGGCCACAUCCAAGGUGUGAAAGACUCUUCCGUCAGUAUAAAUACAUGCUCUGGAAUCAGAGGGCUUCUAAUGGCUGAGCAGAAAGUCUACCUGAUUGAGCCCCUGAAUGGAGCUGCAGAGGGAGCCCAUGCUGUUUACAGACAGGAGCACCUGAGACUGAAGCGAGCGACCUGCAGAGACUCGAAUGAAACUGUCUAUGACCAUGGACCCAAACUUGCUGGGAUCUUCAAGACACCGAUCUGGAAAAGUGCCCCUCUUGCAAAAGGCAACAGAUUUGUGGAGAUGUUCUUGGUUGUUGACAACAGAGAGUAUGCAAAAUAUAACAAAGACAUGCAGGAAAUACGAAGCCGUAUGUUGGAAGUUGUAAAUCAUGUUGACAAGCUUUAUCGACCUGUUAACAUACGUGUUGUGCUGGUUGGACUGGAGGUCUGGACAUACAGGGACAAAUUUGUUGUCAGUACUGAUCCUGAUAAAACCCUGAGCAGUUUUCUAGACUGGCGCAAGACGGAUUUGCUCAAAAAGAAGAAGCAUGACAAUGCUCAGUUUGUGACUGGCAUUAACUUUGAAGGCAGCACAGUGGGGUUAGCAACAAAAUUUGCAAUGUGCUCUGGUGAUUCUGGUGCAGUUAAUGAGGACCAUAAUAGAAGCCCUAUAGGGGUGGCAUCAACAAUUGCCCAUGAGAUGGGGCACAACUUGGGCAUGUCUCAUGAUGAUUCUGACUGUAUCUGUGAAGCAUCAAAGUCUCGCAAGGGCUGUAUAAUGGCAGGUAGUAUUGGUGACAUUUACCCACAUAGCUUCAGCAGCUGUAGCCAGCAGGCCCUACAGCAGUUCUUGAGUCAUUACAACCCCAGCUGCUUGUUGAACACCCCCAAUACAGAUGAUCUGUAUGGAGGCCCAGUGUGUGGAAAUGACUUUGUGGAGCAGGGAGAAGAGUGUGACUGCGGGACUGUAGAGGAAUGCAGGAACUCUUGUUGCAAUGCCACAACCUGCAGAUUAAAGGAAGGGGCCCAGUGUGCUCAUGGGGAAUGCUGUCACGAUUGCAAGAUCAAACCAGCUGGAGAUGUGUGCAGACACAGUGUGAGUGACUGUGACCUGCCAGAGUAUUGCACUGGCCUGAGCCCACAGUGUCCAGAGAAUGCUUUCCAAAUGAACGGAUCCCCUUGCAAGUUUGGACAGGGUUACUGCUUUAAUGGAGAGUGCCCCACACACCAGCAGCACUGCAUUACCCUUUGGGGACCAGCUGCCAGAGUCGCGCCAGAAUCCUGCUUUCUGCAAAAUACAAGAGGAGACGAGCAUGCUCACUGCAAGAACCUCAACAAAUAUCAAAGCUGUGCUGAAAAGGAUAUUAAAUGUGGAAAGAUACAUUGUCAGGAUGGAAAUAUGUUCCCAAUCACUAAACAAAAAUAUAUUAUAACCCUUCACUGGACAGUGCAGUGUAAAAUAGCAGAGAUGUCAAAAGAUGCUGACUCGGAAGAUCUUGGGCUGGUUCCUAACGGAACUAAAUGUGAAGAGGGGAAGGUGUGCUACAAUGGCAGAUGUCAGGACCUUGACAUUUAUGAAACAGAAGGCUGUUCUGCAAAAUGCAAUAAUCGUGGGGUCUGCAAUCAUAAAAAGGAAUGUCACUGUGAUGCAGGAUGGUCACCACCAUACUGUGAUGUUAAACUGUCUGAGCUCCCUAAAGGUGGAAAUGCCAUCAUUAUUGGAGUAACUGUAGCAGUGGUCGUGCUAAUACUGGCUGCCCUUAUCACCGGUGGACUAAUGUUUUGCAGACGUAGCGGGAAAGAGAACUACCCCAGUAAAACAAAAGAAAAAUCCGGACUGUCAAACCCAUUAUUUCAAGGGGGAGGUAACAAAGGGAGCCCUCGAGAUGGUACCCCCAAGAUCAGCAGGCCAAUAUUUUUGGAGUCAUCUUCUUCUCCCCAGCUCUGCACCCCCCUGUGCGUCAUAGUGAUUCCCAGUCGACCUCCUCCUCAGCCACCCAAGGCAGUGGAACAGUCACCCAUGAAGUAUAAUACAACAUCAGGACAGGUUGUAAAACCCAGUAUGCCACCUCCUGUCCCUCCAACCAAGCCAGGAUAUUCACAGGCCAAACCAGUCCCCCCUACAAAACCUUUGCCCAAACUGAAAGCCAAACCGUAUACAAAGCCUAGUCCAUGCGCUCCAGUACAUUCUGUGAAACCUCCAUCAGCAGUCCCACACUGGAAACAGACUCAGGCUGGAACAAGGCCAAAGGCAGCACUGAUGCCUCCUGGUCAACCAAGAUGACAAGGAAGUAGAAGAGCCUUAACUAUGAUUUAGAAAAAGCCUGUACAAAGGCGAGAGGUGUCUGCUUGAAGCUUUGCUGGGGGGGCUCGUUUGGAUGGUAGUCCCUUCAAAUGUCUGUAUGUGCCUUAGAGGGGGCAGUGGAUAUUUUGUGUUUAGAAAGAGAAGUGUGUAUGACUAUGCAAAUACAAUUCAGGGAUUUGGGAUAAUUGUCAGUAGAUUUAAUUAUUUUUUCCAUUAUCAAAUAUAUUUCAACACAUUUCUUGGUGUUUCUUCAUUUUGUGCUUUACGUGCAUUAACUGCCAUGGUGCACAUUUGCUGUUGAUUCUGCCUCCAACAAGAGGCGAUGAAAAGCAAAGAGACAUUCUCCAAGAGUGUUGGGCUUGGGGUGGGAAGCGUGGCACUUUAAACCAAAUGGGUGUUUAUACAGGUUUUAUGUUUUCUUUCUAUAUUGUUAACUUAUCUUUGCCUUAAAAAAUGAACCCUGCUGAAAGAGACUUUGCUGAAACAGCUCUGGGCCGAGACCUGACCAGUGCUCUUAUACCAGCUUCUAAAAAGCAGUCAGCUCAGCAGCAUGGUUGUUUGGAGAGCUUUCAAUAUGUCUCUGUCACAAAGACGGCCGGAGUGGGUGGCGUCAGACCAGAAACAGGAACACAAACGACAGAGAGAUGGGGUUUUGGUGAGGCUGAACGCGUGAUCGCGUUCAGCAUUUAAUAAACAGAACAGAAAAUAAAAGGUUGGAACAGACAAAAACACGGGACACGGCACUACACGCCAAAAUAAAUAGACAAACAAAACGGACUACACAGACAAACGGUGCACGGAGACAAACAAACACGGUGAGUGAAAACACUUAACUAUUCUUCUUCUUCUUAUUAUUACCUCCGUCUCCAAUCCCGUUCUCCACUCACUGAACACCUAACCACCACUGAGUGAAAAUGUGCAUCUAUAUAUACUGUUGUGCUGGGAUUCAAUUACUAAUUAAUUAUUCACUUGAAUCCCAGCACGUGAAUUAAUUACGUGAAACCCCGUGUUGACAUAUUAUAUUUUAAAUGCACGUGCGUGAUGUGCAAUCCCGUGCCUAAAUACAAAUAUACACUUUUUAAAUACACGUGAAACACAGACCCGUUUAUAUCCCGUGUACCAAUGACUAUACACCAACAUUAACAUACGCACGCAUAUACACAACACAGAACACACAAAUGCACACAGGGGCGGGGCACUUUGCCACAUAUACCCCCCCUUGUGCGCAGCACACAUGGCCUCAACGGCCACCUCCCCCCUUAAAUACCCAGCAGUCCCGGCCAAAGUCUCGGGCUGGGAAGGGAGGCUUUAGUGGGCCCAUGGCUGGACAUGCUGUCAGCUCCCCUGCCGGUAGUGGCACGGCUGACAGCAUGCUGGUCCCGUCCUGCAGCGAAAAAGCUGCGGGGGCAGGUGGUCCCCCGACCUCCCCCUUCUUCAUAGCCGGCAGCUCCCUCCUGUGGGGCUCCGGCCACAAGAACUCCUGCAGCGAAACUGCUGCUGG